GUCAUAGUCAAUUUUUAGGCCUAAUGCAACCAUUAUUCGAAAAGCAUGCAUGGUCACGUGUUUAUCAAUUAUCAAACAAUUUUUGCGGUCAAAAUUUAACGGCAAACGGCCAUUGUGCAAAUAGACAUCGAUUGAUUCGCGAUUCGUAUUUACUCGCGUUUCUGUAAGUUCUCGUCGUGGUGUCGAAUAUGGAUUUCGAUACAGAGAAAUUCAUUUUAGUUAUUAAAGAGAGGCCAGCGUUGUGGAAUUUGUCAUCAGAUGACUAUUCCAAUAAACUCUUAAAGAAGAGAAUAUGGGAAGAAAUCACCAUGUUGUUUGUUGACGGCGAGAGCGCAACAGAAACAAACACACUAUGUAUGAUGUUACAGAAGAAAUGGCGCAAUAUUAAGGACUCAUAUCAUAGAGACAGAAGAAGAUUGAAUGGCGCUAAAAGCGGUUCUGCAGUAGGGAGAAAGUCAGCAUACGUUUAUUACAAUAUGCUAUCAUUUUUAAAUGGUGGAAAUUCGCAAACCUGCACUCAGACUAGCAUAUCUGCGGAUGCCGAGGGUAUAGCGACAUAUCCAAAUAUUGAAAGCUCAAGAGGACCAUACGAAGCUAGAGUACUUGCAAAGAAAAAAAACUACAAGUAGAAGUCGGUAAACAACUGAUCAACGCUUUAAAAGGAAAAAGAUGAGGGCAAAUUAUUUCUGUUAUCUUUAGUCAACGAUUUUAGAAAAAGUGCCCCAGCACUAAAAACUGUCGGUGAAACGACAAUUUAUAAAUACUCUUGAGCAAGCUCAGCUUCAGGGAUGUUCGCAACAAUACUAUAAUACUCCAGAUCCUUCAACUACAGAUGUAUCAGCAAGGAUGUUCGACAUCACAAUGCCCUUUCGAAGAAAUUUUUGACACAUCACGGUCAACGGCAGGUAGCAGCGAACAAAAAGCUACACGCUAAACAUUCAGACUACAAAGUAUAUUCUUCAUUGUCAAGAAAAUAAACAGAAACCAAACUGAAGAGAAAUUUCGCGAAAGGCAAGGCAGAAAUUAAAAUUAAAAAAUGGGUGAAAAACGAGGCACGAAAGCAUUAGAACUUUGGUGCCGACGAAUAACCGACGGUUAUUCUGGCGUCAAUGUGCAAAACAUGACAACAUCUUGGAAAGAUGGGCUUGCUUUUUGUGCAAUGAUUCAUCAUUUCCGGCCAGAUCUGAUCGAUUUCGACAGUUUAGAUAAGAACGACGUAUAUCGAAACAAUGAGCUGGCUUUCAGAACAGCAGAGCAACAUUUGGGAAUACCAGCAUUAUUAGAUGCAGAAGACAUGGCUGCUUGUUCCGUCCCAGAUCGAUUAUCAAUCUUAACAUAUCUUUCACAGUUCUAUCAAACAUUUGUUGGAUCCGCUCCGAGCCGACCCGCUGUAAAUAGAACAACGGAAGCCGAAGAAGAGAGGAUUACCCAAGUACCUGAAUCUCCAAAACAAAAGGUGACGUCGUGUCUGGGUAUGCGGAGGGAUUCAUGCAGAGUAUGCGGACUUCCGGUAUUCUUGGCGGAGAAAUUGGUAGUCGCCCAUCUGAUUUAUCAUCGGACAUGUUUUCGUUGUGCUCGUUGCAAUAAUCAGUUAACUCACGGUAAUUAUUAUGAAACCGAAACAGAUGAAUUCUGCUGCGAGGCAUGUCCCGAUGAAGAGAUUCCAUCAUCCGAGAUACAAAAGUAUAAUAGUACUCCGACGACCAGCACCACAAUGGGCGAGAAGGUAGAAAAUGACAUCUCGGAUUCGAGGGAUCAGGAGUCAUUGAGCAAUUUGAAAGAAACCGAUCGGAGUAUACUCAGCCAGAAUACCUUUAAACAGUUGCAGCCAGAAGAUACAGUUGUUCCUAAGUUGAUUGCACAAACUUCUCGAUUAAGAUUAGAUUUUAUAUCGAAUAAUCUACUUUCGAAACAAAGUGACGAUGUUAUUAUUAAAAAUGAUUCAACAAAUGAAGAGUCAAUGAGUUCUGAGAAGCACACCAUAAAUUCUCCAACAGGGACUGCACAACACGAAUUGAUUCCAACGGUCCCAGAUAACGAUGAUUUCAUUGUGAAGAAAGAGAUAGGAGAGUGUGCCAAUUUCCUCGACACUCGUUUGAAGUUUGAAUCUCAGAGUGUACAAGAAGACACGUCGAAACAGGAUGUAAGGAGUUCAUCGAACAGAGACUAUGUAAAUGAUACAUUAAAGUGUAGCAUGGAGAAAGACUUACAGAAGUCGAAAUCUUCAUCCAUCCAUGCUAUAGAUAAGGAUAAGUCUAAUAAUUUAGUUACUAAAACAAAUAACAUAAAUGAACAACUAGAUGAUACUGAAGAGCCUGAAAGCGCUGAAAGUCACCUUUCAUUAGUUCAAAAAAGGUUAAGGUUAUUUGAAAAUGGUAAUAAAAAAGAGCAUGUUAGAAGAAAAGAGAAUAAAACGCAAAAUACUGAAAUAGAAAAAUCUGAAAUGCAGAGCAAUGACCAUAUAGAACUAACAAAUAAAAAUCAGGUAGAUUCCAGAAAUGGUGUAGAAGCAGAAAAAGAGCAGAAACUUUUAGACGUUAUAGUAGAAACUCCAAAACAUAGCAUGAGCGAAGGCACUAAUAAGAAUACUAUAAUGUUAAGUACAGAAGGUUGCAGCACACAGAAUUCAAAGAUAAUUGGAUCGAUCGAUGUUCAAGAAAGCGAUAUUAAUGUUGGGAAUCCAAGUCAAGAAGGAAAUGAAAAGAAUAUUAUGUUGACACCUGAAGCGGCAUCAGUGUCUCCUUCGAAGUCGAAUAAAAGCUUUGAAGAGAUUAAUAUAGAUACAGAAAGUAGUGAAGAUCAAACAUCUAAUGAUGCUACAGCACAAAGUAACCAAAGUUGUGGAAGUAAUACUCUAAAUAAGGAUUACCCUGAGGAUUUAAAUCCUUUCAAAAGCGACGAUGAAGAUGUUGUUUACGAUUAUCCUACCAGUAUAAAUAUUUCUCAAAGUUCUAAAGAUUUAUCGAACCCAUUUGAAACCGAGGAAACUGAAACGAAACAAUUUAACGAGAAGAAAGAAGUUACGCCACCAAUACCUGCGAAGAGGACCAAUUUUAAUAAUACGCCUAAGGAACAGUCAACUGUCGAGGUACAAACAAAACGACGUUUGCCUGCACCGCAAAUUAAUCUGAAUCCUUUUUGGAGCGAUGACGACGAUCACGACAGUGAUCUGGAGUACCAAGGAAAACCUCCUGCGCCCGUUCCUAAACCGCGUACCAUUAACAGGAGCCUGUGUGCAUCAAAUACUUCGUUAACAAGUUCCGAAUUUGGAGCAACUCCUGGGGUAACUCCUCGGAAAAAACACCCAGCACCAUUACCUCCGAACAAUAAGGAACUACGUGUACCCGAGAAACACACACCUGUGGCACCCGAUCUGCAAAAUACUUCUGCUGAUUAUCACAAACCGCAUCAACGCACAACACUCAAGGCGCGUAAAGCAAAACCUGCUCCUCCACCACCGAUAGCAACAAGUACUCCAUACAAUGCGACUAUGGUUACUCCGUUGACACUCGAAGAAUCUCCAAUAAUCGAGUCAUGUAAUGUAACUGGUAAUCAAAAUUUAUGGGAGGAUAAAAAACUGGAUAAGGAUGAAGCCAAUAGAACUAAACAAAGUUUGACGCACAUUUCAUACACAGACAAUCCUGAUUAUCACUCGCCAUACACAGAUAAAAGUACACAAGGGAAAUGGAAAAGAAAGAAGAAUCCGGCCCCUCCGUGUCCAAUACCACAUAGAAGAAAAAUAAAAGUAAUGUCCCUUGAAGACGUCAAAUUGGAAUUAGAUGAAAUUGAAUUGCAGCAACAAGGUUUAGAAAAACAGGGCGUGCGAUUGGAACAAUUGAUUAGAAAUAAAUGUGAAACAGGAUCCAAUAAUGAUGAUGUAUCUAUGCGAGCAGAUGUAGAGGAACUGGUUUUGGAAUUAUUCGCACUUGUGAAUGAAAAAAAUGAAUUAUUUAGACGACAAGCUGAAUUAAUGUUACUUCGGAGGCAACAAAGAUUAGAAGAAGAACACGUUGAAGUGGAAUUUCAAAUUCGAUGUUUAAUGUCACAAAGCGAAUCCACGAAAACGGAUUACGACAAACAACGGGAAGAAGCGUUGAUACAGAGGCUUGUACAAAUUGUUGAAAGACGAAACGAAAUAAUCGAAUGUUUGGAAAUGGAUCGCCGCAGAGAAAUAGAGGAAGAUAGAAGUAUACAUAAACAUAUGGGUCUCUUUGCUGCUAAAACCAAAAGUGAAGCACCGGAUAACGAUAUAAACGAUCCUUGUUGUUCAAGAACGAGAAAAGGCAAACCAAAGAAAAAAACAAAAGAAAAGAAAUCGAAAAAAACGUCCAAAAAAGACAUCGAUAAAGAUAUAGACGAGGCUGAGGUAAAACACAAACGCCACAAUAAAAGAAGAUGGUUUUAAUUUGCAUUAUUAGUUAAGUUAAAUGUCAGGUAUUGCAUUAUAUAUUUUUAGCAUUUAAAAAAUACUACCUCGAGUAACUUAAACAUUUAUAAAAUUGUCACAAAGAUUUGAUAAUUCGCGCCCUGUUUAUACUAUGGAUUUAUUGUAAGCUGAUCAUAUAAAGUAUGUUUACGAGAAAAAAAAUGACAAUGAUACGUUAGUCAAAUUAUAUUUAGUGAUUUGAGUAAUCAGAACAUCUUUGUUGUGAUUUAUAAAAUAACGCUUUAUAAAAUUUCAGCUUAUUAACCAAUCUUUAUACACUAAACCUACUGACACGUUAUGUACAUUCGUAUCGCGUCCGGUUAAAUAACCGGUCCUUAAUAAAAAGAUAUUUUUUGCAUGAAAAGAAAUGAGAAAUGAACAGUAGUUCUAUGUGGAUUCUUGCAUUUAUAAAUAAAUAAUGCAUAUCUUAUUCAUUUUCAUUGCAUUUUUCACAAAUUACUGACUUCUCAAAUGUACAUUUGCAGUACACAUAUUUUUUUGUAUUUCAAACAGAUUUUCAUAAUCUUGCUGUCUUUGCAAUAACUUAUUUCGCAUGUUUUUUAUAUUUGUUGAUAUUUUUAAUAUAUUUUCUUGUUUUCCUGUAAUUCUUGAUAUUCAGCAGUAAGUGCUUCAGUUAACUUGAACAAAAAUUGCUACUUUGAAAUUGUUUCCUUGUUGUUUCUUAUUAUAAAAUUCAUGCAUUUAUUCUAACUAGAUCACAAAUAUUAAAGAAAACUUAAGGGUGCCAUCUACAAGAUUUCAAUUUUAUGCCGUAUGUUCUAGCCAUUUAAUACGUCAUAUCUACCACCGAAUUUUGUGCUAUUAUAGAGUUUAGUUGCUUCCAAUAUACGCUUAUCACAUUCUUCACUUUCAAUUGAGUUGUGCAUUGACUGUUUAUGCAAAAUAUUAAUAAAUAUUAAGUAUCCAUAUAAUUUGAAGAAUCUUUAAGAAUUAAAGUUUCUUCAGCGGAAAAAUAAUAUAUGAUUUCACAAUAUAAAGUAAGCUUAGCAUCUUAAUUAAUGCUUAAAAAAUAUUAUUUUAAUUGUAUAAUUGCUUCAACCAAUCGCCUUUCAUGAAAUUUUCUGUAAAUAAUUGUAUUGAAUUUAAUUGUUUAUAUUCGGUUCAGGUUAUUAAGAACUUUUAUGAUUUCUAAUACAUUGUGGAUGGUAAACUAUUACAAGCAUGUAACCUUGAUUCCCGCAUACUAACGAAAGUUAUGUAAUAAAUGUAUGAAUAUAUUUAAAAAUGUUAAGAAUUUACUAAGUAUAACACUUAAAAACAGUUUAUGAAUACAUUUACAGAUAAUGCUAUUAAGUAAUAUUUUUUAAUGGAGUAUAUUUCCAAAUAUUUAAUCUUAUGAAAGAAUACUAACAAGCAAAACUUGUAAACGUAUUGCACAUACAAAAUAAGGAGAACGUGAAUCGGAAAACAAAUGGCGCAGGUUCACGUCUCCUGACCACAAUAUGUUAAACAUUGGAAUAACAUACUCAUAAUUUAACAGCUGCAAGCGUUCUCUAAUGAGAUCCAAGUACCUAUGUACAGUAGUCAUUCGGCAAGCGUGAUCAAAUAACUGUUAAGUAAUAUUCCUCAAAAUGGGAAUGUCUCUCGCCCGAAUAUACUACUUAAGUAUACACGCGCAUAAUCGUUUUUUAAAUUGUUCAAACGACGAGGAAAGCGCGCGUGCGAUUGAUCGUCUGCCAACUGUCAACAAAAAUGUAAACAGUUAUCGAGCGCCUACUACUGUAUUUAACAUAAUGUAUUUAAACGAAAACAUUUAAUAGCAGGUAGAAUACUUGCUAAUAGCGUAUGACAAUAUGUUUAGUGGGGUAAACCCGCUGUGUUCAUUGUAAUGCAAUAUUAGCACUCGAGAGCUCGAUACAUUGCGUGUGAUAAUUUGGAAUGAUUCCGUCUACAGCUACAGCGUGAUCGAAUGGUUGAGAUUAAUGCAUAGAGUAACCAUUUUAAAAGAAAAAUAUUAAUUAAGAACUGGUAAAAGAAGUGAAUUGUUUUUGAUAUGGUUUAUUAAUUAAUUAAGAAAAAACCCAGAAUGAUGGUUUGAAUGAAAAUAUCCUAAUUUCUUUGCGUAAGAAUUUCUUGUACAAAAAUUAAUAACGAUGUAGAGUUUCCAUAUUUUCAUAUACAUAUGUACUUUAUAGUGUUCCUGAAGCUUCAAAUGUAAUUUUUUAGAAGAAUAUUUCUGAAAUUGAGACUCACACAACUUCGUUAAUUUUCGAGUCGUUAACUUGAAGUUAAGAACUUUGUUAUGAACUUUUUUAAAUAGCUGCCAUUUUAUAAUGAAUUAUUUUUUUUUUUAAAGGCUUGAUCUUUCGUUUUUAAUCUUUAUACAUGCACAUACAUCUUAUUUGGUAAACAGUUUUUGAUGUGUCUCGAACCAUCUGCCAUAAUAUCAACAUAUUUCCUAAGCUAACAGUUUCUCGUCAUAAGGAUCUUCAUACUUUUCAAUAAAAAAUCUUGUUCUGCACCAAACAGUGUUAUCAGUUUCAUAGGAAAUUAUGAUUUUUAAACAACUAUAAUUAUCUUUCAUGUGACAGUACGAAGCCAUAUCCAUCUACAGAAAACUAAUGUCUGAUUAUGUCUUCUGAAAUUAUUCAACUUUUAUUGUAAAACAUUUCUUGUGUUGUCAAUAGUUUAACAGAUAUUCAAAUGAAUUGAUAUAAAUUGUACACCCUGUAGCCAGGAUGUUCCAACAGAAACAUAGGGCUUGAAAAAGGGAAAUUCUUGAGGUAAUUGGCAGUAACUUUUUCAUUAGCAAAAGUAUUGGUUGCAGCUUUGUUAACAAGUCAUAGAAUACGAGUUAAAUAAUACUGUCACACAACUAACUUUAUUGUAUAAAAUAUGUGUUAAACUGUGUGCAAAUCCAUUACUAAAAGGAUUAAAGUUCACGCAUUAUAAAAAUAAAGUUAAUUUAAAUUACCAUAAAAAUCACUCCUUUUUGUAUUCAACACGUUUUCUGGAACAUCCUGUAUACCUAUUUCUUCAUGUUGAUGAAGAUAUUUGAAAAUUAAAAUCACCACAACAAAACAUUUGAAAAUCGACAUUUUUUGAUUGGAUUUACUAAUUACGGCUAGCCUUAGAAAAAACAGGUUUUAUCGUAUAGUUGCAAGUUAUACUGACUCAAAUGGAAUUGAUCAAAAUCAGUUUGAACCAUGCGAAAAAUCAACUUCUUUUAAUACUAGCCUAGUUCUCUGUUAACUGAUCAUUCAGCGAAGACGUGGGAGACUUGAUCAUAAAUGUCCUACAUCAGAAUUUUUGUAAUGUAGUUCAGAACUAGUUUCUAUACCAAAUUUAUACUGUAAUUACAUCACUAAAAGUUGUCAGACAACAUGCAGAUAAAAUACUUGAAAAGUAAAAAAUAAAUUUGUAAAAGUGAAAAAA